GUGCUCGUUUCAAACUUUUCGCAGAGCUUUUUCGUUUGCUGAAGAAUAAGCGGAAGAAGAAGAGGCUCGAAGAGAAGAUCACGAGAUGGCUCGUACCAAGCAAACUGCUCGUAAGUCAACUGGAGGAAAGGCCCCGAGGAAGCAACUCGCUACCAAGGCUGCCCGUAAGUCAGCCCCUACCACUGGUGGUGUGAAGAAGCCUCACCGCUACCGCCCUGGUACCGUUGCUCUUCGUGAAAUUCGUAAGUACCAGAAGAGCACUGAGCUUUUGAUCAGGAAGCUCCCAUUCCAGAGGCUCGUCCGUGAAAUUGCCCAGGACUUUAAGACCGAUCUGCGUUUCCAGAGCCAUGCUGUACUGGCCCUUCAGGAGGCAGCUGAGGCUUACCUCGUGGGACUGUUUGAGGACACCAACCUCUGUGCCAUCCACGCCAAGCGCGUGACCAUCAUGCCCAAGGAUAUUCAGCUUGCUCGAAGAAUCCGCGGCGAGCGUGCCUAGACUGCUGCUCCUGGAAUGGGAGGAGAUUGAAUCUGGUGGUGGUGUUAUGGGGGUGUUUCUUUUGUUCUUUCCUUAAUUCAGUUGGGACUCCUAGGACUUCAGAUAUGAUAUAGGCAGGACCUUAGUGUUUCUUUUUUAGUGGAUUCGGAAGGGCAAAGACAAUUAUGUUGCCUUUUGGGUAAAUGGGUGUGUAAUAGUGGCCGGCCUAAUUUGACAUUACAUUUGUGUAUGACCGUGCUUUUAUUGUGGUAUUUGCGUAUGCCGACUUAAUGGUCAAUGUGUAAUGUGCACUAAUCUUUUGUGUUUU